AUGUUGGUCAAGGGCAGUGCUUUGGUCCUGAGGGAAUUUUUUCCGUCAAGGGAAGAGAGGGAAGCCUCUCUUGGCGUCAAACUAAAGGGCUUUCCUAUGGCGCCGCCCCUGACCCCGCUCCUGGCGGAUGUACCUGGGGAGGCCCGGAGCGGGCUGACCGGAGAAAGCAGCCCUGGAGCCGUGAGCUUCGCGGACGUGGCGGUGUCCUUCUCCCCGGACGAGUGGGGCUGUCUGCGGCCCGCGCAGAGGGCCCUGCACCGGGACGUGAUGCGGGAGACCUGCGGCCACCGCGGCGCGCUCGGGGAGGCCCGGCGGCCCAGCCGGGACCAGUAAUGCACGGGAAGGGGGACUAAUGUCCCCAGAGACAAGUGGGCUGUUAGUGUGGGAGCUGAGCGCCCUCAUCCUCCCCUCUCGGGCCCUCAGCCGAACCCAACGUCUCCGCAGGAUUUUCCGGCCCCGAACCCGCUUUUAUUUCUCGGGUGUCAGGAGAGGUGGCGGCGUGGAGCCCGGAGGCCCAGGAUCCGGAGCGCGAGACCGCAGCAGCCGUCCUCCGGGUCAGGGGGAAGGGAACAGGUCCUUCCCCUCAAACCCAGUGUGGGACCUUCGAGAAGCCCCUGUGAACUCGGAGCCACAGCACACGCCGCCCCUCCAGAGCCCCGUCUUAGCCCCAGAAAGUGCCAGUCUCGCUGCAGAAUGGCUCGUAGAGCCGCUAAAUUGGGGUUUACAGCACCUCUUAGUUCUACAGGGAAACCCCAGUUCAGUGCAAAAUAGCGCCCGAGCUGCCAGGGCGGCCAAGCGGAGAGAGAAGCGGAAGGACAGACGCUCCUGUUGGGUAGGGUGCGGUCACCCGCUCGUCGGAGAUUUUAACAUCAAGAAAGCUGUUUUCGGGGGCACCUGGGUGGCUCA